AUGAUCCGCUUCCCUCCCACUAGCAUUGCUUUGUCCGAAAGCGAUAUCGAAUUCCAUCUCCGGGAGAUCCAGAUCAAGCAGCAACUAUAUGCCCAAGGUUUCACACCAAAGGAGGUACAACGAUACUACAAUGAACGCCAGGGCCAGGUCAAUAGCGGUGAUGCCGAAGACGAUGUUGUCUUGACUCUGACACAAGCUGCUACAUGCUCUCAGGCCAAGACAAAGCAGAGUCAGGGUGUAGAGCCAGAUGUCCUGCAAAGAGACAGGCACAGACCUUCUGUAGAUAGUACCUCAAUUCCAACGGUAUCGUCCAGCGAGAACGUUCAAAGAGAGAACAAGCCAUCAUCCACGGUGCCAGAACCUCUGUCGUCCUCUCCCGCGUCAAUGCCUUCUUCUCCGCCUGUGAUGCAGAGCGCGGUCCCUUAUCGGCAUGCAGCUGUAAGGCAGAGCUCGUUACUUCGGAUCAUGCACACUGCGGGUUCCCAGUCAUCAACCAAUUCGCAGUCAUCUGGCCAAGACUAUGAACUACGGGAUCGUGGUGAGGAACAAGAUGAGAUCGAUGCUGGACUCGACGACUUCUUGCCUUCGCCUGCCACCAGAACGAGGUCAUAUAGGCCGCGCAGUAGAACUUACACGUAUAUCUCGUCAGAAGCUGGUCCCCCAACUCCUCCCAGCCAGCCAAAGAGUGAUCAAGGCAGCAGUUCGCCUGUUUGGCAUCGUCUGGACCAGUCUGAUGGGUCCGCUUUAGAACCCUCAGAACGAUCACCGCAACAAAAACGCCUUCUUUUAAAUGCACAGCCGUCACCCUCCUGGCUGGACCCAGAGAUCUCCUCCCCAUUGACCUUGCCGCCUCCCUUAUCAAUAAGCCGACGAACAUCUUCGUUGCAAAUUUCUCUUCCUGAUCGGACCAGGUCGUCUACACCGUCAACGAUUAAUCAGCCUGCUGUUCCUUAUCAGCCAUCACCCAGUUCACCUAAUCUGCUAACCAACCGUGACAGUGACAGCCUCAAUACGAGUAUGAUCAAACAUCCUCGCACAACCGCAGCACUUUCCCCCAACCUACCAGAGCGACCACUUAUCACGGAUGCGGAAGACAAUCCACCUGCAACAACCUCAAUGCCCGUCAACUUCCCCUCCAUCCCACCAAGAGCCAAUACCUCAUCCGAACCAUCUUCCUCCUGCCUCGACUCAUCAUCACCCCCACAGCGUCCUCCCAGAACCGAACCCCGCAACCCCACUCAUCGCCACAAUGGCACCUUUGGAGUCUACAAUGACCAGCUGCCUGCCCGAACCCAGCCCCAAACCCCGGCGGAUCUGCAAUCUCCCCGUCGACGUGCCGUCGCAGAACGAAACGUCGCCUAUACCGCCCCACCGGGACAAAUCAGAACAACAGGGAGAUUGAUUGGUGCAGACCACGAUGGCGAGCAAGUGGGGGCACAGAGCCCGACGGUCAGAACGGCGAGGAUGAGAGAGCGGAGAGCGAGGGAGUUUGGUAGGUGGAGACACGUCAGAAUGGAGGCCUUUAGGGGGUCAGCUGUCAGAGGCUUGGAGGGGGAGAGGGAGGAAGGCGAGGGGGGAGAUGCAGCGGUGACUGUGGGGUUGGAGAUGGACGGUACGAUCACGCCGGAAUUCGCGGCACGCAGAUUGAGAUUUGAUCGCCAGGAUGGAAACGGUGAUGAUGCUGUUGAGGCUGACGGGCAGACGGAACGCAGGUUGAUUCGGGAGUGGGCACGGUUCUCGAGGAUGGGACGCCAGAGGGAGGUGACGGUGGACUGGAGGGAUGAGUUUGAUGAGCAUAGAGUUGGGGAGGAGAAUUUUGAGACGGCUGAUAUGCUGGAUGAAAGGAGGAGGAGGAGGGAUGGCAGGGAAGGGAGGAUGGGAGAUGGAGCAGAGGGAGAGGGGCCGAAUGUUGUUGGCUUUGCGGUUGUGGAAACGACGCCGGAGGGCUGA